AUGUCCUUCAUUCGUUAUGUGCGGAACAUCCGCAGAACAGGGAUCAAACAAUGGUGGCAUCAAUUGCAGUACAUUGGAGAUGCAAAAGCUGGGACGCUUAUCGGAACCGACCAGUUCGGUAAUAAAUACUUUGAAAACCUGAACCCUGACGAUGAAGUUCCAGGACGUCAUAGAUGGGUGGACUUUACUCAGCAUUACAACAACGCUACCCAAGUCCCCCCCGAGUGGCGUUCGUGGCUAUCGCACAUACGGUUACAACCACCUACGGAGGAUGCUGUCGUGCAGAGCCUGACUCCGUCAUGGAAAGCGCCCUGGGUAGAGACCCUGACGGGUACGAGAGGUGCCUAUCGGUCGUAUAACACGGUGAAGCCUAAGAUUAAUGCUUGGGAACCGAAGGUCAUAACACGGGGCGAGGCGCAUCCGUAG